GACUCGAAGGAAUGGGGGUGGGGCACCUUAUACGGCCCAGGGGUAAAACUAUGGCUUUACUGGUACAAGGGACAUAUGGAUGAUGGACAGCACAAGGUUCUGCAGGAUUUAUAUGAUUAGACUCAGUUAGUGAUGCCAUGAGGAGGUCACCUACCAUAAGUAGCAGCAUCUCUGUAUAUCCAACUGUUUUGCCACAUUUGCCCUAGUGUAUACCUUGAAUGUAGUAUAUAUAACAUGUUGCACUUUUUUCCCAAUUCACCCAGAGUGAUGUUUUCCUCUGCUGUAAAUUCUAGUUUGCUUCUUUUUUUUUUUUGUCAAUUGCAUAACAUUUUAUUUUAACAUUAAAAUCUCAGACACUUUAUCAUCACUUAGGCCAAAGAGGUUUAAUGAAGUGUGAGAUGCAGAGUUCAAAUAAUAAUAAUUCUCCAAUGAAGCAGGAUGGGUGGCCUGUUCUUAGCUGUUUAUCUGUUGCUGCAAACAUCCGGUUAUCUUGUUUGCAGACUUGUGUGUGGGUUUUUAAACUUAAGGCCACUUACACUGGCCUGAACCUCUGUUGAUGAAUGGAGUUUUAUGGAGUUUGGUUUCCCAGUAGAGCUGUUCUGACAAAUGAAAACUGUGAUAACAGUUACAAGAAAAUCAUUUACAUAAAACACUGCAGACUUUUGAUUUAGUUGGAGUAGAAUUCUUGUGUUUUUGGUUUGUUGUAUUAUACACGUAGAGUCAUCUGGGUAAGAACACUGUAUGCAUUCAUUUGUUGAACGCAGCAAUGUUAGGGAUUUACAAUGCUAUACAACGCUUUACAAUUGCCAAUAAGCUGGCCCUAAAGUAUUGCUGCUGUACUGUGAUUUUUCCACAGACGUCAGAUUGAUUACUGACCUCUCAUGUCUAAACAUUCCUGACUGUCCAACAAUCAAUUCUCUCUGGGCAAAGAGCUCCGCCGUCCAUUCGUGCAGGAGGACGCUGCUGCUGCUGCUGCUGCUGCUGCUGCUGCUGCUGCUGCUGCUGUGGAUCUGUCGGAGUGGAGACUCACGCAAACCCACUUUUUGGCUUUGCUUGCAUCUUGAACAACUGGCCGAACACCAGAGCUCCUACGAAAGGGGCAGAUGAGAGCUCCAUCACCACAUCACCAUCUUCUCCUCUAAUCAUUAUCACCAACACACACACACACACACACACACACAAACACACCCAUCAACUCGCCUCAUCCCCCACUAGCUGUCCGAGGUGUCUGGUGACUCUAGCCCCUGAUAUCUUGCCCCUCCCUUUAAAGUGGAGGAGAGUAAGAGAGAGGGAUAAAGUGAGAGAGGCAGCAGCCCACUACCACCCUGUCCCCAGAGGCCCCUCGCCUGCCUGCCUGCCUGCCCCUCCUGCUGCUGCUGCGGCUCAGUACCAGACCCUGACCAGCUGAGAUCUCAUCCCUUCCAGGGAGAGCCAGAACAAGAGUGUGUGAAAGCACCACUCUCAGUCUUCAUCAAAUCAAAAACACUUAGACACUUAACGCCAACUACAGCUGCCAAAUUUCUGAGAAGAUCUUCUUUACAUCAUGGCUCUGGCACCCCGGGCCCCGGUGCUUCUCCUACCCCUGGUGCCCAUCCUGCUCAGCCUGGUCUUAACGUCCGUUUCAGGAGGGUGCCCAUCGGCUUGUCGCUGCUCUUUUGCCAUGCUUCAGUGCCUGGAACCUGAUGGUAUCUCCAGCAUCCCGAUUCUGGCAGCGCAGGAGAGUGAGAACGUGACAGAGAUUUACAUUGAAAACCAAGUCGGCCUGGAGAACCUCACAGAGCUGGACCUUGUUCACUACCGAGAGCUGAAGAACCUUACCAUCACAUCAUGUAAGCUGAGGCUCAUCUCUACCAAUGCCUUCCAGUACAACCUGAAGCUCCAGUAUGUGAACCUGGCUUCCAACGCUCUGGAGCACAUCUCCUGGAGGGUGUUUCAUUUUCUUCCACUGCUCAAUUUGGUGCUGAGGGACAACCCUCUGGUCUGCUCCUGUGACCUUUACUGGCUGCAGCAGUGGCAGCACAGCGAACGAGGCGACGCAGACAAUCAGAUGUUGACGUGUGUCUCCGAAAACCAGGAAAUUCCGCUUGUCUCGCUGGUGAUCGAUAACUGCAGUUUGCCUGUGGUGCACAUUAAAUCCUCUAAAGACAAGACUCAAGAAGGAGGAAACCUGGUGUUUGAAUGUCACGUGACAGGAAAUCCCAUUCCCAAUGUGAGAUGGCGAACAGAUGAGCUCCACUCUCCUUUCUUCACUGAGAAAAGAGUCUGGGGCUCCACUGUGGAGCUGGUCCUUCACCUCGGCAACGUCUCCGCCAAAGACAACCUGCGCAAUCUGACAUGCGAGGCUGAGAACCAAGCUGGGCCGACGGAGGAGAUGGUGACACUGGACAUUGAGUUUCCAGUGAAAAUCCUCUUCCUCCGCGACGCGGUGCCGCAGCAUUUCUGGUGUUUUCCCUUCGCCGUAGACGGGAACCCUGAGCCGAGAAUUACCUGGCUAUUCAAUGGCAAAAUACUAAGGGAGACCCAGUACACCUACACCCACCUGAUCACCGAGGCGGCCGACGGCUCCGUCAAACACGGCUGUCUCUUCCUCAACAAACCCACUCAUAUAAACAACGGCCACUACACUCUGAUUGUGGAGAACAGACUGGGCAGAGACGAGGCCACUGCUGUGGGGAUAUUCAUGAGCAACCCAUUUGAACCAUUCGACCCUGAGGGUAUCAUCCCCAUCAAUAAUUUGGAUCCAUUUCCGACCAACAAAUCAGACAUGGACGUCACAGAGAACCCAGAGAGUCGCGUUUUCAUGGUGUCUGUAGCCGUGGGUCUCGCCGUGUUCGCCUGCACCUUCCUUUUCAUCAUGUUUUUGAUCAUUAAUAAAUGCGGUCAACAUUCAAAGUUUGGCAUUCACCGAUCAUCAGUUUUGGGUACGGAGGACGACCUGGCUGUGUCGCUUCGAUUCAUGAACUUUGGUUCCAGCCCACCCUCAUCGGACGAAGACUCCGGUCUGUCCAGCUUUGUGGAGAAUCCGCAGUAUUUCUGUGGCAUCUUCAAGGACAAAGACAUGUGUGUCCAGCACAUCAAACGACAGGACAUUGUGCUGAAGUGGGAGCUGGGCGAGGGAGCGUUCGGGAAGGUCUACCUGGCAGAGUGCGCCAACCUGAGUCCAGACAGUGACAAGAUGCUAGUGGCCAUAAAGACCCUGAAGGACGCUAACGAGUCAACCAGACAGGACUUCCAGAGGGAAGCAGAGCUGCUGACCGUCCUUCAGCACCAGCACAUUGUCCGGUUCUAUGGUGUCUGCACAGAUGGAGAACCUCUGGCCAUGGUGUUUGAAUACAUGAGGCAUGGCGAUCUCAAUCGCUUUCUGCGAGCUCAUGGUCCUGACGCACGGAUCCUGGAAGAUUCUAAGUUGCCCCCUCUGGGUCAGCUCACUCUGCCUCAGAUGUUGCAGAUUGCUGCACAGAUUGCCUCGGGCAUGGUCUACCUGGCAUCGCUGCACUUUGUCCACAGGGAUCUGGCAACGCGCAACUGUCUGGUGGGAGAAGGACUGGUGGUGAAAAUCGGAGACUUUGGCAUGUCCAGGGACAUCUACAGCACGGACUACUACAGGGUUGGUGGACGCACCAUGCUGCCAAUUCGCUGGAUGCCCCCAGAGAGCAUCAUGUACAGGAAGUUCACCACUGAGAGUGACAUCUGGAGUUUCGGUGUUGUCCUCUGGGAAAUCUUUACCUAUGGCAAACAGCCCUGGUACCAGCUGUCCAACAGUGAGGCCAUUGAAUGCAUCACACAGGGACGUGAACUGGAGAGACCGCGCACAUGCCCCAAAGAGGUUUACCUGUUGAUGCAGGGCUGCUGGCAGAGAGAACCUCAGCAGAGGAUGGUCAUCAAGGACAUCCACAACCGCCUGCUGACCCUGGUCAAGAACCCACCAGUGUACCUGGACAUCCUGGGGUAGGAGGAAACACAAGGAACCCCGGAGGUCAGAGGGAGGUUGGAUGUUUGAAUAAAAAGGAAUUUAAACAUUCUCUUUCACUUCCAUUUCGGCUGAAACAGGAAGCUGUUUCCUUUAAAGUCUGCUGAAAACUAUCAGGAUCACCUGGACUUUUUUUUUUUCAGUUCUGUGAACCGUAUGAACAUUUCAACUUUUUUUUUUUCCAAUAUUUUUGGGACCUGUCAAAUGUUUACCAAAGUUAUUGUGAUGUAGGAGCCUGAGCUGAAGGACGUGCAUGAAAAAAAAAGUUCAACUGUUGAUGUGCAGUGUCAGAAAACUACUGGUCUGAAAUUGUGAUUGUUUCAAGUUCUUGCAGAUUUUUUUGUUGUUUUUUUUUUCAUGGUCAGAGGGGAUGUUCUGGUUUUCUCUUCCACUGAGAUGAUGAUUAUACAGAUUAGGGAUCAUUUGUAUGUAGGUAAUUAAAGACUAAAUGAAGAUGCACUUCACAUUUAAAAAAAAGAUUUUGGGAACAGCAGAAACUGAUUUCUAAAAUAUAGUUUUCAUAUGUAAGAUUAUUUAAAGGUUUCAGAUUGAUGUAAAUAGAAGGACUGGACGGUUUACACCUUUUUUGUUUGUUUGGGUGUUUGUAUGUUACAUAAAAAAAAGUCCUGCGGUUGACCCUAUAUUUUAUAUUUUUUAUAUAGUGCACUAUAAAAAAAUCCUGUACUGUGAUGUAAAAAUAUUGAAUCAGGGAGUAGAAUUUUUUUUCUUGUUUUUCGUUAGUAUAAAUUAUGCAUGAGGGGCAGUUUUGGUCAUUUUUGAAUUUCAGACAUAUUCCACAAUUAUUUCAUGAAAAACUAUUUUAAUGUUUCUCUAUUUUUCCACCAACCUAGCUGCUGUUAGUAGAAACAAAAAGUCAAAUUCGGCUCACAGUUCAUGAAUACAAAUGAAAGGAAAUGUAAGCAAAAUAGAACAUUGUUACAGCUAAAAGCUGUACAAAGAAAGAAAAAAAAAUUCACUAAUGGCAGAAAAUAACAGAAAUUGUUUUUUUAAAUAUAUAAAAUCUCAGGAUAAAGCAAAAAAAAAAAUUGCAGCAAAUACGGCACAAUUACCCAACACAAUUACCUGCAAUAAUAAAUUAAAUUUCCACUUUUAGAAAGCUCUCAAACUGACCAGGAAAAAAUUCCUAAUGGCCCUGACAGCAUAAAUAAAUUGAA